CGCGAUGGCAUAUCCGAUCUGUGCGCUGUUGUACCUCGCUCUGUUGUUGUUGUGCCUGAGCCAGAGCUGCUGGGCGGCUCCUUCAGGCGAUGACUUGGCCAAGUUUGGGGAACUGGAGCGCACCAUCAAGGAGCUGACCAGCUCCAUACUGACCAUGAGUGCAGGCGGAGCAGGAGCAGGAGCAGGCGGAGCAGGAGCAGGCCUGUUUGAGCGCAGUGCUGGCGAUGUCCUGGACGGCCGGGAUGCAGGCAACAGUGGCUGGACCGAAGAGAGUCGUGCCUAGGCGGAUG